UCACACACUCUUUCAUCUAUUGAAUUUAAUUCUGUCAAACUUAAACAAAUUUCUUUAAUUAGCUACAUUAAAAACUGUCAAUCACUUUCAAAAUUAACUAUUUGUAAUUGUUUCUUUGAAAGUGAAGGCGAUAAAUUUAAUUUGGUAGACCAAAUUUCUCUUAAACAGCUUGUAAUUUAUAAUUCUAUAGCACCUGUUAUUGCGCUGCUGUUUCUCUGCAAUUCAAGUUUAGAAACCUUUAAAAUUAUAGGUCCGCGUUGUGGAGAUAAAAUUGAAAAAAUUUUUGAAAUAACUUUUGAAA